AUGAACAACAGCCAAACUCUCACAACUGUUACUCUCUGCAGCAACAGAAGCAACUAUGAGGCAAGUUCCCUAUUCCUUCAGCAUAGCUGGGAUUUCAUCCUGUCCCAUCAAGACAUCAUCAGGUCUCCCUUCUAUCCAGUCCUGUACUCCUUCACAGUCUACCUGGCUUUCUGCAUUCCUUACCUGAUCUUGGAUGCGGUGGCUCCUGUCUUCCCUGCUCUGAAGAGGUGCCAGGUGCAGCCACGUGGUGCCAGACCCACACUUGCCAUGGUGAUGCACUGCUUGGCACACACAGUGUACAGCCACUUGGUGUUCAUCUUCCCAGUCACCGUUGCCUAUUGGUACUGGAGACCAGUGAACCUGCCACGUGUGGCACCAGAACUCCACCGCCUGGUCCUGGAUGUGGUGGCAUGUCUUCUCCUGUUUGACUUUCAGUAUUUUGUGUGGCAUGUGCUGCACCACAAGAUCCCCUGGCUGUACAAGACAUUCCACAAGAUGCAUCACAAGUACACCUCCACCUUUGCCCUGGCCACCCAGUACUCCAGUGCCUGGGAGAUGAUGUCCCUUGGUUUCUUUGCUGGGGUGAGUCCUAUUGUGCUGGGGUGUCACCCCAUGACAGAGAUGGCAUUCUUCGUGGUCAACAUCUACCUGUCUGUGGAAGAUCAUUGUGGGUAUGACUUCCCUUGGUCAACACACAGACUCAUCCCAUUUGGUCUGUGUGGUGGACCUGGACAUCAUGAUCUGCAUCAUGAAAAAUUUGUCUCUAACUAUGCUCCUUAUUUUACACACUGGGACAAGCUAUUUAAUACACUUGCACAGAAGUCUGCGACGAAGGGAAAGAGCAAAGAGACAUGAUCACGCUUACAAGAUAUGUUCCAUGCUGGAAGAAUAUUCUGCACUAAAAUGACAAGAAGAUGUCCAUUCCUGAAUUAGUGGACUGAGGUUGAGGACCAUCUUGUAGGAAUACUGAGUAUAUCUUGUACAGUACACUCUUGAAACUCACGUGCUGAGUUCUAAGCCCUGACAGUAUUUAUCAUCAGUAGAUACGUUGUAUCUUCAAUCAACAUUAGCACUUCCAUUAGUAGAAUGCUCACAGAGUUCUAUGGUCAAUGAUGGGUCCAGCUGUGAGCAUACUUCAAGUUGUUCAAGUUGUUUACUGCAGCCUUUCUAAUCUGAGUUUAAGGCAUUUCGUUGAUUAUAUUUAUUAAAACUAGAAAGGAAAUGUUACAAAGACUAUAUGUAUACGUGGAUAUGUGUUUGAUAGAAAACUGUAAAAAUAUAAAAUGUAUUUAUUUUAAAUGUUUCACUUUAAAUGAGCGAUGGUAGGGCGCAUUGCUUGUCAAAAUAAUAUAUUUAUUUAUUAAACAGUAUUUAUUAUGGCAUAAUUGCCUUUAAGUAUGUUUUGCAAGGAGAAUGAUAAAAUACUGGAAGGAGGAGAUAUGAAGGUAGAAUAGAUGGACAGAAGAGGGGAUGAAAAAGAUGGAGAGAGACAAGGAAAGAAGAGAGAGACAGACAAGGAAAGAAGAGAUGUAAAAGAGGCGAUUGAGAGAGAGAUAUAGAAAGUGAGAAAGAAUAGGGUAAGUGUAAGCAACCUCUACAUCAGAGGUGCCCAAAAAGUAGAUCCCCAGAUGUUGUAGAACUCCAACUCCAGUGAUGCUUUACAUUCCUUUAGAAUGACAAGCAUCAAGGAAGCUGUAGUUUUACCUAUUGGGCACCCCUGUUCUAGAUGGUUUCUGGAAGUUAUGUUGCAUAUGAAAUGCAUUGAUCAGGAAUAGCCAUCAAGAAACAUUGCAGCUGUUGUGGUACCACAACUCUUAGCCAGUUUGAAAAACCUCAUUGCACUUCCACUACUGUAAAGCCACCUGUUGACAAACUCUACCUGUUUCAUGAGAUGACAGGUCAAAAGAAUGUAUUCUUUAAAAAGUGACAAAAAGAAAAUGUGUGUAUGUGGAUGUAAAGCAAAAGAAAGUGAAUGAAGAAAAAAAGGCUUAAAGUAUGUUGUUAAUUUAUUUUUUUCUCUUUUCAAGACCAGCAGAAUGUUAUAAUGUGACAUUAUAUGGAUACAAAUAAUGAUUUCAUAUUGCACUCUACUUGCAAUUUUGUUGAUAGAGCCAGUAGCGCCUUUGUUAUGAUAUAUUAUCCUGUUGAAUAUUGGAUUAUGUAAUUGUAGAUCUGUGUGCAAUAAGUAUUUAUGUAAUUCAGAUGAA